AUGGAUUUGAUUGUUAAUGAUCGUUCUAAUGAGUUCGAUAUUGGUUGUACGUCUUCUUCACUUAAUGAUACUUCUAAUCAAUCUACCUGCCCAACCAACAGCGAUAUGGCAAACACUAAUAAACAUAUCAACUUAUUACAAAAGUCGUUUUCGCCAGAUUAUAUCGGGCCUAUAACCAUUCUCGUUGAAAGUACGGACGCUAAUAUAAAUUUAGGAAACUGGCAUCCUAUUAAGGCCGCUAAAUUUUUCUCUAACAAUUUCUCUGGUAUUACUAAUAUUAAACCUGCGGGUUCAAAAAAAAUAAAAAUUUCUUUCGACACAAUUUUUAAUGGUAAUUGCUGCUUGAAUUCAAGCAUCUUAAAGGAGAAUAACUAUAAUGCAAUUAUACCUUCUACGCUAAUUUUUUCUUACGGAAUAAUAAAAUUAGACACUACAGUCUCAGAAACUGAAUUUUUCGAAGGCGUCCGAUCCUCAGUCAAGAUUGAUGCAUUCAAACGCAUCAGUAUUAAAAAAGAUGAUAAAAUCGUUCAAACACGUAUAGUUGAACUUAAAUUCGUCGCUCCGAAAAUACCAUCCAUUAUCUCUGUAUUUAAUAUGAUCUUUGAUGUCAAGCCCAGUGUCCGGUCUCCCGUUCAAUGCAAUCGUUGUUUACGUUUUGGACAUACACAAAAAUAUUGUCGUAGCUGUCCCAGGUGCAGUCAUUGCGGUGAAAACAAUCAUUCGGUUGAUUUAUGCCCACGCGCUCAAUCCACUGAUCCUGUAUGUCUCUUCUGCAAGCAACCUCACUUAGCCACUGAUCGUAGUUGCCGCGAAUGGUCCACUCAAAAAGAAAUUAAACACAUCAUGGCCACCGAAAAUAUUUCCUAUAAGGAUGCCUUAAUUUUUAAAAAAAAUAAUUGUUACACUACUGCUUAUUCUUUUUCCGAUGUUGUUAAGAGCCAGCCUCCAAUUUCUGAAAUAUUAAAACCAAAUAUCUCCCUAAAGGAAGAAAACUUCCCCAGGCUAAAUAAUCACCAUCAUUAUUUCAAUUCUAGGAAGAUAAAACAAAAAUCUCGCUCCCCGAUUAAUAAAGACAAAUUAAAUUUACCAGUUGAACCUCAUUUUUCUUCACCUAACGGUUGCUGUUUAACCAAUCUCCCUAAUCAAAGCCUUACCGGAGACAAUAAAUCUGCUGAUCUAUCUUGGAUUCAUUCUCUUUCUCUUAAACUCUCUGAAUCUCUUAUAAAUUCCCCCUCCCUAUUUUACCCCUUCUCAUCCGCCUCUCUUCAGUCCUUAAUUGAAUCUUCUCUAAAUUCACUCCUUAAUAUUCCAGAUUCUAAUUUCACCUCUGAUUAGUCUUGUAUUAUACACCAAAUGUCCUCACCACAGUUAUA